GUCAUCAGCUGAACAGGACAUUAUGGCGAUUCUUCUCUGUAUGUUAAUGGUUGGAGCUGUACACGGACUUCAAGAAAGAACAUACGUGACGGUUUUUACACAGAACUUUGAUAGCCUGGCCAAAAAUAUGUACCUGUACAUAACCUCAUCGCGCCCUCAACCAGUUACAGUUCAAGUGAUUGUUCCUUAUCUAAACAACGCAGCUCCUUUCCAAAACCUCACGCUUGACCCAGGACAAAGAACCAAGGUCAUAUUGUCCCAUGAUGUACAGAUGCCGACAGGAACUACGACGUCAAACAGGAUAAUCCGCGUCGUGGCCUCCGACGAUGUUACAGUGCUAGCACUGAACGCUGAAGGGUCGAACCUUGAUAUGUAUCAAGUGAAGGAGACGAGCCAACUGGGAAAGGAGUAUGUGGUCGUGGCGCCUGACUCCUACAGUUCAUUCGGUGCAGCAACGGUGGGAGUAGUCUCCCCUUUCCCAAACACUCAGGUGAAGGUCAGCCUUCCAGAGUCACAUGCUAACAUUUCUGCAGUAAUAAAUGGACUUUCGGAGAUAUUAUCUAGGGAAUUUUCAGUCACAUUGCAGGAGAACCAAACGUUUCAGAUUCAAUCUGCCAGUGAGCUUUCUGGAACGUACAUCACAUCCAACAAACCUAUUGCCGUUUUGACUGGAGUAAAUAGGACCUCAUCUUCCAUGGAUCUUUGUGCGGACGGGCAAAUAACUCAACUUCUUAGUUUAGAUAAAAUAGGUACUAAUUACAUUGCUUUUGGAUUACCUUUGUCUGAUGUCCAGGAUUACAUUAACAUCGUCUCCACACAAGCCGACACAGAGAUCUCGUUUGAUGGAACAACGUCAAUACUCGCCAAUGCAAGGGAGAUAACUAGGCUACGUAUUCAGCGAAAUCAGUUCAAAUUGAUUGAAAUGUCGAAACCAGUAGUCGUAUCCAUGACAACCGGAUCAGGUCAUUCUGGCAGUAUCCAGGGUGAUGUGUCCACGUACAUGCUUCAUCCCCUUCCACUGAGGGGCCUGCUUUACACAAUCACAGUGCCGGAUGCCACAGCGUUCUCUGGCCCCCGUAGAUACCUUGUCAUCAUGGUCGAGAACGACGGCGUGGACGACAUUCUGUUGGACGACGUUGCCCUCUCAGGAGCAGCAUGGAUGCCAGUCACGAACACCAAUAUCUCAGCCUGCUUCUAUCUGGUGACAGAUAAUAUGGAGGCCAGAGUCCUGAGACACAGACGAGGGAAGCCGUUGGCUGUGUAUAUACUGGGCUUCGACUAUUGUCAAGCAUAUGCAAUUGCAUUUGAAGCCAAUGAAAGAGAUAAAGUGAUCCCUGAAUGCAGCCAAUCCCAAGUUCAGUCCCGAGAUCAGCUCGCAAAUGUAGGAAAAAGAAUGACGUCACAGCGGAUGAAGUUACUCACUGUACCAUCCCUCCAAGCUUGUUUCUCCUUCUGCCUCAACUACGCGGAAUGUGAAGGUGUGAACUUCCUACUGAACGCGUCGCCAAUGGACAUCAACUGUGAGCUGCUGUUCACCGAGACUGACGGAGAACAAGACAGCGCAGACUGGACGUACUAUCAACUCGUGCCCAACUAAUUCUGGUAUUGCGUUCAUUGAUGGCAGGGUGUGUCCCGUUCUUUAGGUUGUUCUAUCAACUUGUGCCCAACUAAUUCUAGUAUUGCGUUCAUUGAUGGCAGAGUGUGUCCCGUUCUUUGGGUCGUUCUAUCAACUCGUACCAAACUAUUCUAAAUAUUGGUUGAAUGUCCAUGAUAGAAUAACACUGAUUACUGGUCAUUACAGUCAAUGAGUGAAUAGUGUCACCCGUCGCAAUCAGCACCAGAUCGAGGUCUACGCCAUUUGAGGAAAAACUAGUUAUAUACACACAAAAAUAAGAAUUGAGUUUCACUUUCUGUGAAUUCAUUGGAGUAUGCAUGGACCUUCAUAGAGAAGGAGGUCCAAACUGUAUGAACAUCGGAGCUUGCGACUCACUCUGUGAAGGUUCAUACUGCAAUGCAUUCACACAAAGUGAAAGUCAAUUCUUAUAAAAAAAAUUUAUAUAACUCGUUUUCCCUCAAAGGACGUAGACCUUGAUCUAUACACAAGUAUAUUAAGUAUGUGUGACUUCCUGUUUACACUGACAGCCAUACAACAACCAGCUGUAUCGCGGAAUAAAAUAGUUCCUCAAAACGAGAGGUGACACGAGCUUAUGUAUGCUCAACAUGCUCAACAGGGACAACUUUUGUAGUUUCCUUAGAACAAAUGUACUCAAAUAAUAUCCUCAUAAUGACAUUAGAUGAGAAAGGUCUGUUAAGAACUACCUUAGUAAGUCAGUCACAAUGACAGCGCGUCGUAAUACAUUUACAUCAAGUACAAGACGUCAAAAUGGCCGACACG